AUGACGAGAGAGCGGCUGACGGCCUUCGUCGCCGCGCAGCCGUCGACGCGUCGGAUCGUGUGUGUCACUUCGGGAGGCACCACGGUCCCACUGGAGCGCAACACGGUGCGCUUCAUCGACAACUUCUCCACUGGCAACCGCGGGGCUGCUCUCGCCGAGCGCUUUCUCGCCGAGGGCUAUGCUGUCAUCUUUGUGCACCGCGCCGGCUCCGCCUUCCCGUUCGCCCGCCGCCUGCUGCCACCAGCCGUCUCGCCCGAGGAGUGGCUCCGCAGCCUCGGCGACGCCGCCGCGUCUGCCGAGUGCGAGCGCGCCGCCGCGACAUUUUCGGCGUGUGCUCCGCGCCUCCUCGCACUGCCCUUCACGGCGGUGAGCGAGUAUCUGGCGCUGCUGCGCGAGACGAGCUGCGCGCUCGCGCCCGCUGGCGCUCGCGCCAUGGUCUGCCUCGCCGCGGCUGUUAGCGACUUUUACGUGCCGGACGACGCGCUGCCGGAGCACAAGAUCCAGUCGGCAGCCAGCGGCGGCGACACGGCGGCGGACGGCAGCCUGACGCUGCAGCUGCAGCCGGUGCCAAAGAUGCUGGGCGCGAUCAAGGGGCUCCAACCCACCAACCUGGCAACGUUACAGCCGGCAACGUGCAAGAAGGCAGCAAAGCUCGGCCACGACGUCCAUGGCCCGCGCGCCCCCGAUUUGCCACCGGCGGCCUGCAGGCCAGCGCCGAGCAGCGGCUGA